CGGCGGCCUUUGGCCCCUGGGCGCGCGAUAGCGGCCAGUGCGAUCAGUGAGAAUGACGCGAACGGUGGUGCUGCUGCUGUUGUUGUCGGGCUGGCUGGUGUGGGGCGGCGCCCCCGACGGGGAGCAGAAGCUGAGCGAGACGCUGCUGGCCAUCGUCGAGCACUACAAGCAGCGGGACCCGGUGGGCGUGCCCGGGGCGCCGAUCCCCGACCCGCUGCCCAUCCCCCCCAUGAACCACUCGUUCUCCGUGGGCAAGAUGAACUUCCGCGACAUGCAGCUCUACGGGCUGAAGAAGUUCCGCAUCGAGCACGUGACGCUGGACGUGGCGGCGCUGCGCCUGCAGGCCGCCCUCCUGAUUGACGUCAUGGACGUGCUGGGCAACUACACGCUCAAGACGUGGUUCUCGUCGGCGCAGGGCCCGUUCACGGUCAAGCUGAGCGGCGUGUUCGUGCAAGCGACGGCAACGCUGGAGGUGCUGAACGACGGCCGCCUGGAGGCGCAAGACAUCGCGAUGGACGUCACCUUCAAGGACAUGGCCUUGGACUUUCAAGGCCUCGGCUUCUUCGCCAGCAUGUUCCAAGGCGUGAUGAACUCGGUGGGCGCGUUCGUCUUCGACUCGAUCAAGCCGUUCGUGCUGAGCGAGGCCAACGCGAACAUCCGGCGCGAGGUGAACAAGCAGGCGGCGCGCAUGCCGCAGCGCUUCCCCAACUCGAUCGCGCCCUGCGACCAGGUGGUGGCGCAGGCGCGCAGCAUGGUGCGCGCCCGCGGCUACGACCCCUACCGGGUGAAGGAGCUCAACACCAGCCUCGGCCUGGCCGACGUCCAGUUGACGCACACGUGGCUCUACGGCGCCGCCAGCUUCCACCGCACGCGCGCCCUGGUGGUGGCGAUGCGCAACAACACGCUGCACGCCCUCAUCGAGGUGGGCACGCAGCGCCUGCUCGGCACCACCCACUGGGAGGUGGCGCUGGUGUCGGGCGUGCUGAGCCGCGCCGGCACCGCCAGCUUCAGCGUCGAGUACCUGCGCGUGCAAGUCAACGCCAGCCAGAGCAUGGACACGCGCCAGCGCCCGCGCCUGGACGACCUGCAGCUGCAGCUGGGCAACGUGCAGCUGCGCUUCGACGGCCUGGGCACCGUCGACUACGUGCUCGAGCUGGCCGUCAACGUGCUGCCCAAUCUGCUGCGCUACCAGAUCAUGGACGCCAUUGAGCGUCCCCUGCGGCGCAAGAUCCAGGCCGAGCUGGACAAGGUGGAUGUGGAGCGCCUGAUCCAGGAGAACGCCCCGAAGCUGGACGACCCCGACGGCCUCGCCGAACUCACCAACUUGCUCUAGAGCCACCCGAACGGGACUCUUGCUGGCGCAUCCGCCAUCGUCCAGACACUGCGCAAUAAAUCACGAGUAAAUCAGUCAA